CAAUAAAAAACAAUUUUCUGUAAUUAGGCGUGCAAACAGGCGUAUUACUAAAUCGAAGCCAUAUGACAAACCCUAGUUGAAAUACCCUCUAUAUUUCUUCAACAAUUCAGAUACUUCAUCGCUACAUCAGGCAAUCUGCUCUUUCUCUCUCUACUCUUACGGAAUUCGUAAGUGACAAUGGCAGCACUUACGGCGCUCAACGACGAAGUUGUUCGCAGUAUGGCAAUCGGAGCCGUUUUCUCAGAUUUCGUUGGAAAGAUAAAUUCACUCGACUUUCAUCGUACUGCUGAUUUACUUGUUACGGCUAGCGAGGAUGAUUCAGUCCGACUAUAUGACAUAGCAAAUGCAAAGUUGUUAAAGACCACAUAUCAUAAGACGCAUGGUGCUGAUCGUAUAUGCUUUACCCACCACCAAAGUUCUGUCAUAUGCUCUUCAAGAUACAAUUUGGAUUCUACGGGAGAGUCCUUGCGGUAUCUGUCAAUGUAUGAUAAUCGGUGCCUUCGUUACUUUAAAGGGCAUAAAGAGAGGGUGGUUUCACUCUGCAUGUCCCCGGUUAAUGACAGCUUUAUGUCUGGUUCUGUUGACCAUAGUGUCAGAAUAUGGGAUUUACGUGUAAAUGCCUGCCAGGGAAUUUUACGUUUACGAGGAAGGCCAGCAGUUGCAUAUGACCAACAAGGUCUUGUAUUUGCAGUGGCAAUGGAAGGCGGCGCUAUCAAAUUAUUUGAUUCACGAUCCUAUGACAAGGGACCAUUUGAUACAUUUUUAGUAGGUGGAGAUAUGGCAGAGGUUUGUGAUAUAAAAUUCAGCAAUGAUGGUAAAUCGAUGCUCCUGACGACCACAAACAACAGCAUUUACAUUCUUGAUGCUUAUGGAGGGGAGAAGCGCUGUGCAUUCACUUUGGAUCCAUCACCAAAUACAAUGAUAGAGGCAACAUUUACCCCUGAUGGCCAAUAUGUGGUUUCAGGAUCGGGAGACGGCAAGUUGCAUGCAUGGAGUAUCAGCAAACGAACGAAGGUAGCAAGCUGGGACAGCCACAUAGGCGUGGCCUCAUGCUUGAAGUGGGCGCCUCGCAGGGUCAUGUUUGUUGCUGCUUCUUCAGUUCUAACGUUUUGGAUACCGGGCAAUUCAAAAUCACCCGCCGAAGCUGGAAAAGGGAACCCUGAAGCUGUAAAACUAUCCGAACACAUUCCUCAAUGAUCCCUCCACCCACAAUAUAUAUCCCUGAACCCUAACAGUUUUCGUGUAAAGUCUGGCUGGCUCCGUCACUAUUCACCCAUCUGGCCUAAGACCAAUUUUGAUUACCUUCUUGCUGCUCAUUUAAAAGCUAAAAUGAAUUGGAACCUGGAUUGUGUUUUUAGGGGUGAAAUUGAAGAAUAGAUGAUUCGCAGCUUUGCUAACAAAUGCUAUAUCUCAUCUGAUGCUGUGUCUCCAGUUCAUUCCGAGUCCCGAUUGAUUGAAGUGAUCUCUCCCUUUUUGCAUAA